UUCGGGGAAUAUGCAGAUCUGAAGACGGAAACAAGCUCGGCUAGUGGCUGCUGCUUCAGCGGUAGGAGAGGAAGUGAGAUAGGGUUUGGGGUUUUCAGCAGCAAAUUCCGUCUUCCCCGAAAGCAAGCUCGGCAACAUCUCCGGCAACCAGGAUGGAGAGAAUACACGUUACUUUGAGAGCAAGACCUCUCUCAGAGGAAGAAGCAAAGAACAGUCCAUGGCGAAUCAAUGGAAACACUAUCUCCAACCAUAGCCAUUCCUCCAAGUUUGAAUUUGAUAGUAUUUUUGGUGAAGAUUGUAAAACAAAGGAUAUCUAUGAAACACGUAUAAAUGAUAUUGUUGGAGCUGCAGUUCGUGGAUUCAAUGGAACUGUUUUUGCAUAUGGACAAACAAGCAGCGGAAAAACAUAUACGAUGCAAGGAACUGAUUCUGAACCUGGAGUCAUACCUCUUGCGAUACGUAAUGUCUUUGACAUCAUACAGGAGGAUAUGGAUCGUGAGUUUCUUUUAAGAAUGUCAUAUAUGGAGAUUUAUAAUGAAGAAAUAAAUGAUUUGUUGGCUCCAGAGCACCAAAAGCUACAGGUUCAUGAAAGUAUUGAGCGAGGGAUAUUUGUUGCUGGUUUACGUGAAGAGAUUGUUGCUUCUCCUCAUCAAGUCCUUGAACUUAUGGAGUUUGGAGUAUCACAUCGGCAUAUUGGUGAGACAAAUAUGAACCUUUAUAGCAGUAGGUCUCAUACUAUAUUCCGUAUGAUAAUUGAGAGCAGAGAAAGGAACGAACAUGAAAAUAUUGGAAGUUCUUGCGAUGCUGUCCGUGUGUCUGUUUUGAACUUGGUAGAUCUUGCUGGUUCAGAGCGUGUUGUCAAGACAGGUGCAGAAGGUGUUCGCUUAAAAGAGGGAUCCCACAUUAACAAAAGUUUAUUAACUCUAGGAACGGUUAUUAAGAAAUUGAGUGAAGGUGUUGAAAGCCAAGGGGGUCAUGUUCCUUAUAGAGAUAGCAAGCUUACUCGUAUCCUGCAGCCUGCUCUAGGAGGAAAUGCUAACACUGCAAUUAUAUGUAAUAUCACACUUGCUCAAAUACAUGCUGAUGAGACCAAAAGCAGUCUUCUAUUUGCCAGUAGAGCCUUGCAAGUCACGAAUUGUGCUCGUGUCAAUGAGAUCUUGACAGAUGCUGCUCUGUUGAAGCGCCAAAAGAAAGAAAUUGAGGAGCUUAAAGCUAAAUUGCAGGGUUCUCAUUCAGAAUAUUUCGAGGGGGAGAUUCUCAAUCUAAGGAACACGUUAUUACAGACUGAACUAGAAAGAGAGAGAAUAGCUCUGGAGCUAGAAGAAGAAAAGAAAGCCCAAGCUGAAAAGGAAAUGAGGUUGAAGGAACAAGCCAAAAAAAUUGAGAGCUUGAGUACUAUGGUUUUGAACUCAAAUAGGGAUGAGAUUCAUAAUCGACCAAAGAAGGACAAGAGGCGUGAUACCUGGUGCUUCGGAAAUCUUUCAAAUCAAGCAAUAAGUGAAGCUCAUUCAAGGCCUUCUGUUGUGAGGUCCAUGAAAUCUGUGCAUGGUACUGGACCACUUUUACCUUUUGAUGAGCUAGUCAAUGAAGAUGCGUACAAUCUCAGCAAAUCUGAGAAAGUGAAUAACAUGGGAAAGAUAGAGAGUAUCACUCUUCCAGAUCCCAGUGCAUUGCUGAAUAUUACUAGUAGGAAAAAAUUGCCACCUAAGAAGAAGAGCUCACCUCCAGAGAACAAAGAUUUGGAAGAGAUGCGAGUAGAAUAUGAAGAUCUGCUGUUAAAGUUUGAAACUCAGACAAUUAUCAGUGAUAUACAAAUUGAUUACUUGACGAGAAAGCGGGCCGAGGCUGAUUCAUGUGUAGUUGAGAAACCCAGUAUCACUGCCACAUGCAAUCUCAAUAGUUCUAUUGUUCACGGGGAAACAGCUAGUAGUUGUAGAGAACCCGAGGCUAUUCUAGUGAUCAAGCAACUCCAAGAAAAGAUCAACAUGUUAGAGAUGGAUAAGCUCUCUGCCGUUGAAUUAGCAAAAGAGCGCCAUAUAUCUGCAUUGGAGAACUAUAAUAUGCUUUAUGAAGAGCUUCUGAAUGCACAGGAAGAUGCUAGGGUGGCUCAUGAGAAGCUUACUUAUGUUGAUUCUCGGAAUACAGUUGAUGAGGCCAGUAUUGAUUUCAUGGCCAAGUUACUAGCGGAAGUCAAAGAAAUAGCAUUGGAACUACAAGGCUCAAGAGAUCUCUUUGAGACAGUUGAUGAACUAUUUCAAGACGUAUCUUCCAUUUCCAAACCUCUUAAUAACAUAAAGUCUUUGGCAUGCCAGAACAUUUUGCAAUUAAAAUCAAAUUUUCAAGACCAAGAGAAGUUGCACUCUUGCAUGAAGAAUAUAAUCACUCAGCUUAUGAAGGAGAAGCUUGAGUUGCAAAAUCAAAAUAUGGAACUUCAAACACAUAUACAGGAAUUAAGUAAAAAAGUUGAAGAUUCUGCAUUGACAUUUGAUGAACUCUCCGAGCAGCAUAAUUUAGAAUUAUCAGAACUGGUCUCCCAAAUCCAAUACAUGGAAAUGAAAGGAUCAGAUAUAUCAUAUUGCACCAUGGCCAAAGAGAAGGAAAAUGUAAGAAAAGAUCUAGAGAAAACAAAAUCAAAGUUGAGGGAGACAGAGAGCAAGCUUAAGAAUAUCAUCCAAGAGAAAACCAAACUUGAGGGUGAGAAAGCAUGCGCUGAUAAAGAACUGAAGCAGUUACAUGGCCAGAAGGCACUUCUUCAACGUGAUAUCAAUAAAUACGAGUCUGUUGCUGGAAGGAGGCAUGAUUCAGUUGCCGACAGAACUUCAAAUUCGUUUGAUCUUAAGAAAAUGAAGUGUGCAGGCCCACCUAUUCAUCUGGAACAGGACUACAAGCAGCUUGAAGUUGUAGUCUUUGAAAUGGAAGCUACCAUAUGUUCUUUAGAAGACGAGCUAGCAGCCGUACAUGAGGAAAAGAAAGCCAUUGUUUCUAGUAAUGAUGGGUUGAUUGAAGAUCUGCACUCCUUAUCUGAAGAGUUUAACAUGUCAAACAUGCAAUUGAAUAUGCUGAAGGAAGAGGCUUCAAACCUGAAAUUUAGUUUAGAAGAUUUGAAGAGCUGCAAUCAAAAACAGGAAAGCUCUAUCAAGCUAUUGAGUGAAGAAAAGGAGGAGUUAGCAAUGCAACUUACUGAAGCCCUUUUGGCAAUGGAGGAAGAAAAGGCAAUUUGGUCCUUCAAGGAGAAAGCUUCUAUGGAAGUCAUAGAAGAAAAGGCCAAGAAACACAUUGCAGAAAUUGCAAUUUUGUCAGAAGAAACUAGUAAGGCUAUUGCUGUGAAGCACAUAGAGAACACUAAAUUAAGAAUGAGGCUUGAAGGGUGUCAAGCUAAGCUGGAUUGUUAUGAUGUGAGGUAUAAAGAAUCAAUAAAGGAAAUGGAUCUGAUGAAUUCAAAAUUUAUGGAGGCUUCAGCUAAACUUAAGUCACAAUUAGCUUUCUAUGGUCAUGAGGUCUUAAAUCUCAAGAGACAGUUAGCAGAAACAAAGAUGAGGUAACAAGUUGAAGAAGCAUCAUCUAAUUUAGCAAUAAGUAUAGUUUAGACUUAAAUUAAGUACACUUUAAUCCUUUAAGUUGUUUGUUAUUCAACUUACAACUUAAUUUAGGUAUUAAGUAUUUAAUUAAUUCAGCUUAUUUA